AGGAGCGUUAACCUAAGCAUCGAUUUGACGUUAAACGCGAAAAUUCUUAAUAUGUGAGUCAUCCCGUAGUAGUCAGAACAUUUUAUAAUUAGCUAUUACCAUUUCUGUUUAUUCAAUUAUAAUGUUUGGUAUAGAAAAGUAAAGUGUGGCGAUUUUUUUACAAUUCCUAGUUCCAGAGCAUUUUACGAAUUCAUUUUUAUAGAGCUAGAAAACAAACGAAAUCCUGCUAGCUUACCAAAACUUUUAUACCAAUACGCUGUGUGCGUGGUAAUCUCUUUGUAAAGCAUUUUAACUGCUUUUUAAUGAUUGUGUUUGGACCUGAAGAUAGAUCAUAUAUCCGAAAUAAAUUGUUUAGAAAAAAAAAUCAUUGUUAUUUAAUUUAUUCUUAUAUAAUGCCACAAUGAUCUUUGCUUCAAGAACAAAAACUAUCAAACUUAUUUGGUUGCAUUAUCUAGGAUUUAAUGAAUAAUUUCUAAAUGCUGGGCAAAUAAGUAAAAAAAUUAUUUAGCAGUUGCAAACAAGCAAGCAAAGUGUGCUCGUCUGUAGGUUUUUAAUGAUGUUGCCAGAGCUGCUUACUGAACAGUGUCAAUGUCAUAAAAAGAUGUUCGGAGAACUUGACUUGUCACUUUCGUUCUCUUACACACUUCAUAUUUUCUAAGAGGAACGAACGAGGUGUUUUGUAAUUGCAAGGAGUUUGCUCGGAUACUUCCCUGUCGGGCAGGUGAAAUUCGACUAAAGAAUUAGGGAUCCAAAAUUUUCGUCUUUAUGCUUUCUUUUGUAUUCGAAAAUUAUCCAGAUGCUGACAGCGACACAAAUAUUACAGGCAUUCCGGGCUUUUUCCCUUCACAAGUUGAGUGUCACUUUCGUUCUAUUACACACUUGUUUGCUCGUUUGCAACGUGUUUGAUCGGAGGUUUCCAUGUGGAGCAUGUAAAACAUGUUUCACAGAAACAGGAAAGAAACGGUACCUGCUCCUUACAACGGCCGUUUUGGCACAUCGAUCAUUUCCGUUGUUUUGACAGUCUACACCUUUUGUUUUUCUUUCUUUUGCUCUGUUUCAUCUCAUUUUGUGUUAAAAUACUCUCUCUUAAAUUGCGUCGCGUUAAGGCGCACUAAUUUUUAUUAAUUUUUGAUCGUUGAUAAUUUGCUUUUUUUAAACAAACGGGUUACUGGACAAGAAGAAACGCAAUAACUCGUUUACCCACAGGCACUAUUUUUACUAUAAAUAUAAAUAUGAUGUCAAAGCCGUUUACAAGAAGAUUCCUUAACAAAUACGUAUUAGUUCUUACCCUGUAUGUUGUCUUACGCUCCUGUUCGCAUAAUGUAUUAAUGUUAGGCUGCUUUACUUUGGUAUGGUAGGUAGAAAAAACACUUGUAGACUCGAAAUGAGGAAAUAAGAUGAGCAACAAACAAUCCAUAUAGUUAUUAUUUGAUGUCGAAAAGAUGCAAGAUAUCAUUGGUGCGAGAAUGCAUUCUGAAUGCUGUGUACCAUUUGUGAAAUAAUAAGAAGAAGAAAAUAGAAAAUGACAUAAUAUUAUUUCGGAUAUGUAUCUGUUAGGUUUUUACUUUAUUUCAAAACUUUAUUUGUCAAAUUGUGUGUCCCCCGUUUUUUAUGUUGUCACAGAUGGAUGAAUGUUAUAAUUGUAUUUAUUAAAGGUGUUAUUGAAUUUCAUCAGGGAAAUAUUCAAAUUUUGUGUCAACAUUGAUAAUUGUAUUUUAAAAUAUUGAAUGAUUUAAGUAGAUCGAUAGUUAUAUUGAAUCAAUUGUUCAGUUCCCCAUAGUAAUAAAGAGUAACAAACACAUAAAUAUUUAUAACAGAUGUAUUAAAAUGUUGAUAGAUAUGUUGUUUUUAUUUUUAACGAUCACGCAAGAUAACUAAACUGAUAUCUUAUAAAACACACACAAUGUAUCGCAAUGUAUCUAGUGUUUGGUUUGACAUUCGUUGCACUGUGUUUACAUGGGUUGGCAAUAUUCUGUUUGUGCAAGCACAAGAAACAAAAUAAAACCCAGAAAGUAUUAUUGAUAAAUGUGAGCGCAACAGAAAUUUUUAUUCUCCUGCUCAAAGCUUGUAACCUUGCUAUGGCGAUGGCAAUGUAUGAAAUGCAAACAAUAACCGUUCGUUUCGCACAUUUAUUUAGCAUGAUUUCGUUUUACCUGUACAUACUCGCAAACUUUUUGUUGCUUUUUGCCAUGUUUCUAAUUAUAGUAGAUCGUUUUCUUUGCAUUCAUUUGCACGUCAGAUAUAGUUACGUUGUAACAAAAAUUCGAUUGAUGAAAGUCAUAAUUGCGGCUUGGAUUGUUAGCACGAUAAUAGGAUUACCCUUACUUUUCUUGGAAGACUUGGAAGGAGAGUAUUACGUAACUUUAUUAGUUCUAAAUGUUGUUUAUAUUAUCAUGGCUACAGUGGUUUAUGGUAUAAUUUGUCUCUAUUUAAAAAGACAAAGAAAAAGAUUCCAAGCAAAAUCCAAGAUGGAGAAAGUUACAAAUUCUAAACAAUUUGUUGUACCAUUUUUGAUCGUGAUCACUUUCAUCAUUUUUUCAUCUCUGCCGAAAUGUAUCAACGUAUGGCUGUCAAUAAUGAAUGGUAAAAUAGAAACUAUAAACUUUAGCAUUCUUACUCAAAUUUUGUUGGUCUGUGGUUUCAUUGUUGAUCCUCUAAUUUACGUUUUUUUCAACAAGCCGCUAAGAGAUGUAGCGCUUUAUUACCUCCGUUGCAAACGUUUUCCUUUAACGGCAUCAGAUAAUUCAAUAGUAUUACGGAACAUCGCCGUUGUUAAAAGUGAUUCUUUAAAUCAAUCUACACCUUCUAGUAUGGCGUAACUUACAAUACAAAAUGAAGAACUUUUUCACUCUUAUUACGUCAUGCACGCUAUAUUUUACCAAAGUAUUUAAUGCACUACAUCAUCUUCCAACGAGUGAACAGAGUACCAAUGCUUUCUUGGUCCUACAAUAUUGGAACACUAGUUCAAUCUAGUUAAUUCCAACAAAAAAUCUUAGAAUGGAAAAUGUCAUCCGAAUAGGUGGCAACCACAAAACGCAUAUGGAGAACUGUUACAACUGUUUUGUUUUUUACCUAUUUGUGUGUUUUUGUAUUCGUAGGAUUAUCUAAUUUUUAAGCCGUAUUCAAAAUUUUUAUGCUCCGAGAUUACGAUAUCCUUUCUUCGACAGUGAAAAUGCCGAGGCAAGUUCUCCAAGUUUCUUUUUAUGACAUUGAGACUGUCCAGUAGGCGGCUCUGACGUCAGAAUUAAAAUCCUAUGCACAAGUAUGAUUUGCUUACUUGCAACUGAUAAAUAAAUAUGCACUUAUUUUCCCGUCAUUAGAAAUUAUUCAUCAACUCCUAAAUAAUACAACCGAAUAGAUUUGAUGGUUUUUGUUCUUGAAGCCAAGAUCAUUGUGACAUUACAUCAGAAUGAAUUAAGCAAAAAUGAUUUUUAUUUUCUAACAAUAUAUUUUGGAUAUAUGAAUCUUUCCUUAGGUCUAUAAGCGGUCAUUAGAAAAGGUAAAAUUCUAUACAAAUAGUUUACUACGCACAGAGAUAGCGAUGUACAUGAGUUUUAAUAAGCCUAAGAGGUUCUUGUUCGUUUUCAACCUAUAUAAUAAUAUACAUAAGUUUAUUUACAACACUGUAUACAAGCUAUAUAAGUUUUUUUUAAAACCUCGUAAAAUGCUUUAAAAUUAGAAAUUGUAAAUAAAUUGUAAAUAGAAAUUAAAACAUAUAAUUUUUUGGUCUUAUCAAUACUUUAAAUCACAUGCACUCAGGCAUAAGCUUUUUAAAACGUGGAUGUUUCACGGUUUCAAAUAUUUAAACAACAAAAAUUUAACCCCCGUCCUUGCUAACGUCUGUUAAGGUAAGCCAUACUUUUUCCAUUUGCGAGUCGUUCCUAACAUCAUCCAAAAAUGACUACGAAGAAAUUGGCUCCCUCAACCAACUAAAUUGCACUUUAGCAGUUACAUGGAUAUCUGCUUGAAAAUAUUAAAAACUUAGGUCAGCAAAAGUUUAGUCAUUGUUUAUAACAACACAACCAAAAGAUAAUCGAGUGUUUUUGUUAAUAAUAAACUUCUUUAGAAACAAGAGCCUUAUGGCGCGAACACGGUUGCAAUUUGCCAAACAAAGAUGGCGGAUCGAGUGUCCUCGUCCUCACACGUCAAAAAAAAAAGUUAAAAAUUUUUUAAAAAGUUAGGUUAUAGAAGACAAAAAGGUGAAAGACCUACAAACAACUGCACUGUGUUUUUUUUGUGUGUUUAUUUUGUGAUCUGUCUCACGCACUUUAAAUUCCAUAAUACACAUAGAAAACGUAAAUGCGUAAGUUCGACCAAUGAUUCAGCAUGUAUCCUCGACCCCGUUAAAGGCUAAAACACAGGCUACAUUCCCAUUUCGCGCGUCGUAGUAGUUGCCUGAUGAUUUCAAACACGAUUACACUGCGUUGCAACCGUGAAUAAUUUUAUAAUAGACAAGCACAAACAGAUAAAUACAAUCGCGAGCAGAUUUUGUAGUAUCGUUAAUUUUUUUACAAUUGUAAACGUAUAAUACCUAUUAAAGAGAAUACAAAAAUUGAUCAGAGGUUUUUUUAUGACAACUUAACAUUUGUAAAAUUUAUCAUGCAUGUAUUUAAUGAUAUUAUCAUUUUAAUGUGAAGACUUUUAGCUUCACAACUAUGGUAGCAAAAGCAAUGAAAUGCAUGAUACUUGGUGAUUUGUAUCACUUAACUUUAGAGGGGUUAUUUCAAGGCGAGUCCUUAUUUUUUAGAAAUUCUAUUUACGGUCAAAAUUUAGAAUGUUCUAUAAAUAAAUGUGUUUUUUUCGCUUAAUGAGCAAAAAAAUACAGGAAAAAGCUGAUCUAAGCGCUGUUUCCGACGUUCUGCGAUAAGUUUCUUUUCGGAUUCUGCACUACAAUAUAACACGUAACUUUCUCGGUUAUGUUAACGUGGGGAAUAACAGACAGGAAUCGACAACUGUAAAGUGACCAGCUUCACGGUUUUUUUUCUUGGAAAAUACGCGCAAAAGAUGCAAUCCACAUUUGGCUGUGGAGACUGAAAAAGUUUUUAAUCCAGUUGCUGGUCGCAAGUCGCUCGAUGUCAAAUGUCAGAAGAUUUGUGAAUAUAAACAAGAAGCUCUGCGGCUUGAAGAUUUCCGCCAUUAGCCUAAAAGAUCUUAAAAUUUGAAGUAGACCUUGAAAAUGGAGAAUUAUGGGGCAAACAAAAAUCAUUGAGUAUUCUCAAUUAUUAUUGUAACUAAUCUGCAAUGUUAAAAUACAACUCAAUAAAUAAAUAAAUAAUUUUUACGUAGCUAUAUGAAGUAUUCUAAAAUAACAGUUAAAACUUUAACUGGAUACUUUUAAAACUGAUCAGGAAAAUUCUGAAAACUAAACUUGACGAUUCCAAUAUCAAAUUUCUGAACGAGCUAAAUUUGAAUGAUGAAGUAGUUCAUUCUUAAUUAAUUCUGCAAUAAAUACAUAUUAGCAUUCUCAGUAUUUCUCAGUAUUUAGGCCUUCAAAAUUUACUUUCUUGUUGAACAUUUUUUGAAAAUGCUAAUGGCGCAUGGUUUGAUAACAGCUGAUCUGAAAAAGAAAGUACGUUUUAAAAAUAAGAAACAAGAAUACACAAAUUUACCAUAAACUGCAUGAGAACCAGGUUGUUUAAUUAUUGUCCCCACUUUUCUUCG